GAGUGUGUGUAAGUGCUGGUGCCAGUGUGUGGAAGGAACCAACGGAGUCCAGCAGGGUGUGCAUCUUCCAGAAUGCCCAUCACGCGCCGCUGAGGGAGCCGGGAUCCGCUCCUCCGGGCGCCCCCAGGGAGAGCAGGCCUACUUAAGCCGCUCAGAAACAGCCAGCUGCAAUCCGGACCCUAACCUUGUAGGCGCCCCGCCCCUCAAGACCACAGCACCCCCGGCCCGGCGCGGUGGACGGGCCCGCGCAACGUCACCCAUUGUUUACAAAUCAACCCAAGCCGGCAGGAUCCCGGCUCCCGGGUUGCAGCCGGCGCGAGUACUCGUUGACCUAGCUCCUGCGGCCCCGGCCCCGGCCCUGGCCCGGCUUUGGCUCGCGCCCACCUCCGCCGCGGUCUGCCCAACCCGCGGGCAGCCGAGCUACCGCCGACGCGCGCAGGACCCCGGGUGCCCGGGCGGGGGGCCAUGCCGUGCCGGAGGGAGGAGGAAGAGGAAGCGGAGGGGGAGGAGGAGGAGGGCAGCUUCCUCCUGCUGGAGCAGACGGUGACGCUGGGCGGCUCGGGAGAGGUGGACCGGCUGGUGGCCCAGAUCGGCAAGACGCUGCAGUUGGACGCGGCACGCGACAGCCCGUCCUCCCCCGGCGCGCCCCCUGGGCCGCCGCUGCAGCCCCUGCGACCCCCGGCGGCGUCCCUGAGGCUGCCGCGGGUGUCUGCCGAGGCGGGGAGCCCGGCGCCCCCCGGGGCCGUGCGCUGUGCGCUCGGGGACCGCGGCCGGGUUCGCGGCCGAACUGCACCCUACUGCGUGGCGGAGCUCGCCGCAGGCCCCAGCACGCUGUCCCCAAUGCCACCUCCGCCCGGCCUCGAUGGACUUCCGGGAGCUGGCACGCAAGAAGUCCCUCAGCCGCUCUCCGGCCCUUGCCGGCGAGGAUGGCUCCGCAGCGCUGCCGCGUCCCGCCGACCGCAGCAGCGACGCGGAUCUCAGCCUGAAACUCGCGCCGGUGAAGACGACCCGCACCGGCUCCUGCAGCAACUCGUGCUCUCGGGAAACCUCAUCAAGGAGGCAGUGCGGAGGCUGCACUCGCGACGGCUGCAGUUACGUGCAAAGCUUCCCCAAGGCACUUUCCUCGGGCCUCUGUCGGCCCCGGUGCAUGAGCCCCCCUCGCCGCGAAGUCCCCGCGCGGCCUGCAGUAACCCUGGUCCGUCUGGGAGGAGGGCGCAACUCAGAACUGGGGACGGCGUUCUUGUCCCUGGCAGCUAACGCCCAGGAUGGCCACCGCACCAACCUCUGACUAGAGAGCCCGAACCCUGCUCAGACGGGUGGAGAACACAUGUUUUUGAAAGCGGAAAAAAUAAUAAUCUAACAACGGCGAACCAAAAAAGUCGCGAAUGUUUUCACGUGGGACUGAGGUCUAGGGUGGCCAAACCAGAACUGGGUUACCGUUAUUUAAGGUAGACCUUACAGAAAGUGCAUCCCAAGUUCACAGUCAGUGGGACUCCAUAUUUGGCGUGACUUGACCUGAACUCACAGCAUUUCUUCACUUGCCCGGUGACCGCGUGGCCACGGUCCAAGCUACUCAAGAACGCCAAGCGUCAGAACUACAGAGGAUGGUCCGGGUACUUGCUUUACCAGUUCAGGCUGGCUCCUGAUCUACUUUGGAAGAGGGGAGCUUGAGCAGACGAUAAUUUCAGGGAGCCCCCCAAUCUGCCAGACUUGAACAUUUAUGACCGUUUUAAAAGCCACGUCUAGUUUUGGGCGAUGUUUUACUAUAAGACACGCAGUACCACUAACGUACUCUCCUAGCGUUGAAUAGGAUGAACCUUUUUCUCUGCCCGGUGUUUACAACAGACUAGGGUGUUCAGAGUGUUGGGGAGGGAGAGCAGUGCGACAUGGGGAGGGUCAGAAGCGGUGACCAGAGGGUGCUAGUUGGUUAGGCCUGGAGCGAACCCUCAUCUUCCUGGGCUCAAGGUCACCUUUUCCUGGGCAUGUAAUGUGGGUUGCAGCAGGGACCCUAACCGUGUCUCCAGUGCCUGGAGAAGAGUGCAUUGUUUUUAAGUGCUGAAGCCUUCUUGAGGACUCUCGAGCUGCUGCCACCUUGAGUGGGGAGGCCCACUCAAGGACCUCCCUGCCUGUGCUUGUGCCUCCCUGCCGGUGGGCACUGCCCCUGGCCGAACUCCAGGCUUUCACAAAAAAUGUCCAGAGAUUCUGCCCAGGAGGUCCCUUUCGCUCAGGUGGGCCCUGGAGAUUGCCGGGGUGGGGGUGGAGGCGCCGCUGGAUGGUCAUUCCAGGGACACACAUCCUCUCACUGCAGCUUAUUAUGGACUCUCUCCAGCCGUUUGCAAUUCCCUGGAUAGAUGGAGUUGAUUUCCUCCCUCUGCCCCUCCCCCAGCCAUGCCAGCUCUCCUUUGUAAGUGAAAGAAACCCAGUAGAAAAUGUGACCCUCCAAAUAGAGAAGCUGCAGACUUUGCUAUUGUGAACGCGGUGAAGUGCUUGGAACACUGUUCACUCACUCUGAGGGUGCUAAGACCGUUUUUGUUGUUUAGUUUUAUAGUCAAUGGCUUGUUCAGCGUCCAGAGGAGGCUGUUGAGUAUCUACACUUCGCACCGGAGUGUCUAGAACUGUGGCUAUCCUGAUUAUAGGAUUUUAACUUAACUGAAAUACCUGUUUCAAAUAAAUGUGUUGGGUUUUUUGUU